AUGCCUUUAGAAUCUAGAAGGCUUUGGGCGUGUCAUGUGAAUCCUGGAUGCUCAUUGAUCCUGGAGAACAUGGAUGACUUACAUGGAAAAUUAUCGCCAUUCUAUCUGCCAGUAUUGUAUUCUAGAUGGGGCCUAUAUCCAUAUGGAAUGUCUGGGGCGAUGCCACUACAUCGGCGCAUGCAUGUAGAGAGUUCAAGUGAUCAUGAGGAGUGCUGGGCGAAAGUGGCUGUUGAGUUGGACAAGCGAUUUAAGGACAAGGAGGAGAGUGUUAUCUCCCGUAUUCAUUCUAAGCAUGCAGCGACGAAGCGAAACUUGUUGAUACUUAUUAAUUGCAAGCGGAGCGCCAUUGAAAAAGCCCUUACAGAUAAAUUAACUGAGCUUAUUGAGCAGAAAGUGGAAGCAUUGGAGAGGCAAAUAUGCCAGAAGAUUGGAGAAAGGUUUCGGGCAAUGGAAGAAAGGAUACAGGCAAUAGAGUGGAAAAUAGUGAAUAGAAGGAGAAACAUGGGUAUUGGUGGUGUGGGCACUGUUGAAGAAGAGGCUGUGUCUUCAGAAGAAAGGACAGAAACUCAUUUCUGUUCUGAGGUUAUAAAGAAUAUGGGGGAGAUGGAUGCUCGACUGGCUGUUUUAGAAGCUGUUACCCAAAAAUCAGUGACCUACUUCUUUCCAAAAGUGGAAGUGAUGCUAAGGCAUGUAAAUCUCUCUUCCUGAAGAGUGGCUAUUCCACAUUAGUGUUGGGCACAGUCAGUGCUUCAGAGAUGAGAAUUCCAAAUCCCCCGAUAUGACUCAACUCAUAUCAAUGUUCCUGCAUGCCUGCUUCCAUGUAAGAGGAGACACACUUUAAUUUCUUUCUCAGUCAGUCAGUGCGUUUUACCACUUCAGCCAAGUAACGUCAUGCCAUUCGUAAGUAGGGUUCCUAGUCCAAGAAUCCAUGGUGUCUUUAAUUGUCGAACUUCAUGUCUUCACAGAGCACAGUUAAGCAAUUCGGCUAACACUGGCAUUAAUGCCUGAGGGGAUUGUGCGAUUGUGAUGGUGUGGUACUCUCAAACUUAUGUAUGCAGGGGCAGAUUUGUAAUUGUAUUUGUGAUGGAGCUAAUUUCUCACUUUCGUGUUCAUCUGCAAGUUGUAGGAAAGACAGGUUGUGAAUGUCUCUCAGAAUGGUACAAAUGGAAUUGCUGGAGGAGUAAUUAAUACUGAGGUGGAUUAAAAAAUAUAUUGUUAUUGAUCCUUAAUUUCAGAAUAUAUUCCUAUGACUUCAAGUAUAGAACAACUAUUUUCCAUUUGAAAUUGCUUCUUUGUGAGUGUGGGGGAUGUGAAUAUUUAUUUUGUUCAAGUACACACUUUUUAUGUCUAUCUUUAAUGAAUCUUUCCUUAUGGGCUAAUGUUGGUAUGCAUUUAUUAGCAUUGUUUUUUUAUUUAAGAAUUUAUUUCUCUGACCGCUUAAUUUUGGAAUACAGUUUUGUAUGCAUUUCCUCUUUAUUGGUGCGAGUGUUUCUUUUGUAAUAUUUUGUUCAACACAUUCUUCAUAUAUCUCUUAAGGAUCUUUUCGUUUUGGCUCAAAGUAUUGGGUAUUCUGUAGUAUUUGAUCUUUAUCUUGAGACAUGAUAAUUUUAUGGAUUUCUUUGAGUACUUAUAGCUGGAGAAUGAUGUUUCUGUAUAUUUGAGUAAUUUUGUAGAAAAUGUAUUAUUGUUUAUGACAAUAGUUCAAAAAAUGUGACUUUUUUAAAAUUUGUAAUAUGAUAAUGAUACUUUUGUAAUUAUAUUUUGUAACCUUGUGGGAAAAAGUGUUCAGCAAUAAAGAUAUUUAAAAGAUA